CUCAGCAUUCAACACCAUAGUGCCCUCCAAGCUAGAUGAGAAACUCCGGGCUCUGGGCUUAAACAGCUCGCUGUGCAGCUGGAUCCUGGACUUCCUGUCAAGCAGACGCCAGGUGGUUAGAAUAGGCAGCAACAUCUCCUCAUCACUGACCCUCAACACUGGAGCCCCACAGGGCUGUGUUCUCAGCCCACUACUGUAUUCCCUGUACACACAUGACUGUGUGGCAACACAUAACUCCAAUGCCAUCAUUAAGUUUGCUGAUGACAUGACGGUGGUAGGUCUGAUCACUGACAAUGAUGAAACAGCCUACAGAGAGGAGGUGCACACUCUGACACACUGGUGUCAGGAGCACAACCUCUCCCUCAACGUCAGUAAGACAAAGGAGCUUGUGGUGGACUUCAGAAGAAAAGACAGAGAACACAGUCCAAUCACCAUCAAUGGAGCACCAGUGGAGAGAGUCAGCAGCUUCAAGUUCCUGGGUGUCCACAUCACUGAGGAACUCACAUGGUCCGUCCACACUGAAGUCGUUGUAAAGAAGGCUCAUCAGCGCCUCUUCUUCCUGAGACGGCUGAGGAAGUUUGGAAUGAACCGCCACAUCCUCACACGGUUCUACACCUGCACUGUGGAGAGCAUCCUGACUGGCUGUAUCUCCGCCUGGUACGGCAAUAGCACCGCCCACAACCGCAAAGCACUGCAAAGGGUGGUGCGAACUGCCAAACACAUCAUCGGAGGUGAGCUUCCCUCCCUCCAGGAAAUAUAUACAAGGCGGUGUGUGAAAAAAGCUCGGAGGAUCAUCAGAGACUCCAGCCACCCGAGCCAUGGGCUGUUCUCACUGCUACCAUCAGGUAGGCGGUAUCGCAGCAUCAGGACCCGCACCAGCCGACUCCAUGAUAGCUUCUUCCCCCAAGCAAUCAGACUUCUGAACUCUUGAUCUCCCACGAUCAAAAUACAUCAUCCCUGCACUUUAUUACUCUUUUAUCUCACACCGGACUGUCAUAAAUUAUAUUACUGUCAUUAUAUUAUGUCUCUCUUAACAACUGACUAUCAACCGACAGCCUGAAUGUCAAUACAGUACAAUACUGUACAUUCUAUAUAUAUACUUUUUUCAUAUAUAUUUUAAUUUUUAUUGAAUAAUGUGUAUCUAUAUAGUAUCUAUAUAGUAAAAAAAAAAAAAAAAAAAAAAAAAACAGCAUAUUGUAUACUGUGCAAUGUAUGUUAUUAUUGUAUAUUGUUGAGUGUAAUUGUGUAUAACAGAUGUUUCAAUUGUGUUGUGUUAAUUUGAUGUUUUAAGUUGUGUAAUUAUGUAUAACAGAUGUUUAAAUUGUGCUGUGUUAAUUUGAUGUUUUAAGUCGAGUUUAAUUAUGUAUAACAGAUGUUUAAAUUGUGUUGUGUUAAUUUGAUGUUUAUUGUAGAUUGGCGUAUGUCUCAUCACUGUCACGACUGCUAUGUUGAUCGGAACUGCACCCAAGAAUUUCACACACCAUUGCACUUGUGUAUAUGGCUGUGUGAC